AUGAUGAAGAGGAAUGGACCGAAUGCUCUCCCGCUGAUGUCACAAUCCUCGAGGGACGAUGGGCACUGUGGAAUCAGAUACACUGGGCUCGCUGCAGUAACCCAAGCUGCCAGAGCAAGCUUCCUGCAAACACAGGAUUUUGAAGCAGGCACAAUGAUCCCGCCGGAACUUGAGAGAUGCGGGAAUCCAAAUUGCAAUAUGGACAGCACCAACUACAUGGGCCAGUGA